AUGAGCAUAUCCCACAUUUACAGGCGGAGAGCAUCUACAAUGACUCUUUCGCUAGAUAUCAUUGCCAUGAAGGCAGCCAGCACCUACCAGACGAUUCGCUUCCACGGGCAGAACGGCCACAGGAAGUCACGACUCUGCAUAGUUUCCCUACUGGUUGUUACUGCCUUUGGCAUCUCACUAGGAUACGAUGUAAAUGAUUUUACAGUCCAGGAGGCUUCAUUUGCAGUAGACGCAGGUGGAGGGGAAGCAAAGCAAGAGCCAGACAGGUCAAUCUCCCUUCUGCAAGAAAGCUUCAUGAAGGCAUUUGCUGAAGAACCUCAAGAAAAUGCACGCACCAUCCCUGUGACUAGUAUGGUCAACAUUCACGGCGAAGGAAGCAGUAAUCCCGAUGACAGUGACGAGGCUAUGCCCCCACUGUCAACCACCGUAGAGAAAUUCGACGAUGCGAUGAAUCGCGCCUGUUCACCAACUGUGAGAGACAGCCUCUUCAAAAACUUGAGUGAAUCAUUCGAAGUUUGCUCACGCCUUUUGAUGGCCAUUGCACUUGUAGUCGUGACUUUGUCGGGCAUCGUAUUUGCCUGCUUAAUUUUUUUGUACCAAAAACAAGGUGUGCAAGGUGCGAAGCAGGCGUACUGCCAGUCAUACGCCUUUGCGGAUGAGAUACUUCGAGGAAGUGCUUCUCUGCAUACAAACGAUACCGAAGUAGAUGCGCCGCCGUCAGACGCAUUUGAAGGAUUACUGCCUUUGAUUGAAUCUGUGGAGUCAUUGGCGCUUCUUGUUGAUGGAGCUAAUCCCAACAAUAUUGUUGAAUUGUCCAAGCGGGCGGCGACAAACGCACUGGAUGUUGGCCCAUUGGCUGACGAAAUGAAAAGCGCCACCGAAUUCCUUUCCGAUGCGUGUGUCUCCUUCUAUGCGAGUAGCUCGCUUUCUGGAAGCUUUCACAAAUCCGUGUGGUGUGAUCUUCGCAACAGUUCUAGCUCGGGGCUGAUCGGCAUAGAAGGACAGAUGAGCAGCUCUGCUCAGAAUCUCGUUGAAAUGAACCCAAAAGAAUACGUGGAAAGAUUAUUUACGAAGGUCACGCUUCCAGCCCUGAAUAUACAAGCGAGCCUCCCCACUGAAAGCAUCAAGGAGCUUUUCUUCACAGCCUUCGAUGUCUUGGGGGAAAAUGACGAGACGAUCUCAAAAGUGUUGGGAUGGCUCGAUGCUGCCCUAAAAGUGGAUUGUGCUAUUUACUUGGCCAUCUUGUUGCUAGUAACCCUGUGGGCUGCAUGGUUUUUCUGUCGAGGGAGCAAGGUCAAAGGUGUGAUUCCAGCAAUCCUGUGGAACGUCUUAACGUGGGUGGCUGUGGUACUCCUGGUCAUUGGUGGUGCUCUAGGGUGGGUCAUGACACUCGGUAGACAAGGAUGUUCCAUCAUCAUAAACGACUUCUUAGAGCAAGACAAAUGGGACCUGGUUUCUGACUAUGCGCCAGUGGUUAAGCCGCUAAUCUCCCAAUGCCUGACAAAGGAUGGAGACGGUGAUUUGCUUGCUGGAGUCGGAUUGGACGUAGCUUACGACCAAAUGCUUGGCGCGCUUCAAGAGACACUGAAGGGCUUCCCCGCCAACUUAUGUCCUCUGGAUAAGGCAACCUCAGAACUGGCUGAGAACUAUCUUAGUGCGGCCAACUUAUUUGGCGCCCUGGUGGCAGCUGACCCAUCUUCCGUAACCGACAGCAGAAAGGAGGUUUUCCCCGAAUUUUUGGAGAGUGGUGUGCAACUACUGGACACGGAUAUAGGUGGACGAACACUUUAUGGGCUUGCAACACUUGAGAGCCUUGUUGCUCCAUGGAAAUUGCUAGCACUUCAUCCUGAUGAGCCCCCAGACGGCGAGUUUAUUGUGAGGGAAGACAAUCCAGUUGAAUCAAACGUCAAGUUCAUCAGAUGGCUAGAAGACCUAAAACAGCGCAAGAUGACGGAGCUGAAUGCCAACGGAUUGAGCGUAGAAGAGGCAGAAGCAGACUCGGAACGCUUCAAAGUGUGGACGAAAAAUGGUAUUUGGUGGCUCAAGCAGAAGCAGAAAGUACUUGACACGAAAUAUUCAUGCAAGCGUCGAGACGGCAUGAUGGAAGUCUGUGGGUACGGGGAAAUGUUUGGAGUAAAGGAAAACGAGAUUCGUGCCUCCUGUCUUUUUAGUAAUCAGCGUGCUGCUGCGCAAACAUGUAAGGCUAGGCAGCAUAUAACACCGGAAACUCACCUCGGUAACUUUUGUUUUCGGUCCAAGUGCGCCCAGAUCCGCUUCGAAUUAGCUUGA